UCCAUUGAGCACUUUGAUCGCAGAAAACUAAGGCAUGUCGCCACUGUCGACAAGAGCCGGCCCAUGCAUAUAAUAAGAGCACCCUCGCUUGAUGAGGCAGAAGCUCCCCGGCAGGGUGUCGAAAGCUGGAUCUCAGGAAACACUCAGCACCAGGAAGGUUCGAGUUGGGCCGGAGGGGAAGAGGAUGAGGCCACCGACCACACGCAGGAUGGGAUAGCUGAGGAAACCAAGGAUGGUGCGACAGAUACAGCAUUGACCAAAGAACCUCAUGCAUCUGAUCGAAGAAGAACGAUAGAAGAUGAUGGCUCAAAUUUAAAAAAUCCACAAGUGGAAAAGGAGACUGUCCAAUCAAAUGCAUCUACCUUUGCCAAUUUGAAUGCCAGCAGGAGUGAACAAGACUGUGUUAAAGCUGAGGAGCAUCUUGCCAUCAAAGAUGACGCCAACCCUCUCCAGGAACAGGAAGCAGGGGAGAGCAGAUCUCGCGCAAAGAAGCACAAGUCCAUUGUUUCGUUUGUGGAACCUGAGACAAGGCAUGAUCCCGGAGAGCCAACCAGGGAACAGAGGACUGAGGGGAUGGUGGUUGGAGGUAGUAAAGCAGAGCCUGGAGAGGUUUUUUCUGCAGAGUUGAGAGAAGAUAAUGGAGUAGAAUCGGCUCUGGUUGCUACAGAGGUGUCAACAGCUACAGAUGCCAACGUAUCACUGAGCACGGACGCAGUUGGGGGUUCCACUCACCAGCUGCCACCACUAACAGAGAUGCAGGAUGUCACGGCUACUUUCCACAGUAUCCCAACCUCGCCUGGGCACCGGCGGAUAGGGUCCAACGUCAGCUUGGACGAGAUGACCUCGCUGACUCAAAGCAUGAAUGCAUACGCCGAGUCCUUGCCACCGUCCUCCCCAACUGGCGGAUCAGGAGACCUCGCCGAGAGCACAGUGGGCUUUGUGGAGGCGUUGAGAGGCAAAUCCAGGGAGGAUCUGUCAGAUGCAGAACGUUUAGCACAGCAACGGGAGGCUUUGAUGAGCAGUCCACUGACAGACUCAGAAAUUGAUUGCAUGGAGCCAUUAAACCAAGAUGGCCACAUUAGCUAAGUGCAUUGAGGGCAAUUGAUUUGAAAGGCUGAAGCUGUAGGAGCAAGCAUGUACUGUACUGCGUGAAAGGUUUGACCUUUUAUGACCUGGUAAAUACACAUGGCUAAACCCAAUCAAACAAACUAAUUCUAUAUCUUUUCCGGGAUUUUCCAGGACUAAGAUAUAAAAAUUUCCAUGUUAUUUUGCAGAAAAAGUUGAUCGGAUUAUAAAAGAACGGGAAGACCACCAUAGCCGCUACCAUAGACUGACAAGGAUAUCCUGUAAAUGUGUAAUUAUUCCAUAAUCACAUCAAUAGCCUCUCAUCAAAUAUAACCCUGGCAUGACCUGAUUUGUAUGACUUUUCUAUGACUUUUUGUCCUAUGAAAACAGGAUUCCAAGGACACCCUAUUUUUUCCCAAUAUUCGAGGACUUUCCCAUGAUUUUACAGGGAAAAAUUGUUCCCCAGGACCUUUAAGGAUUUCCAUGGCUGCUGGAAACCCUGCUGUAAAUCAUCAUUUUAACACUUUUGCAACUAAAUCAGCACCUCCUCCCCCUCCCUCUUCUUGGAAGAUUUCUUGUCUUCAUCAACUUGGAUCAAUCCAAUUUGCUGGAUGGCUGUCGCACCUUCAGAUUGAUAUUGUGGGAACAGCAUAGCGUAGUUGAAGAGGUCUGUUUGCAAAAAUCUGCAACGAUGGGGCCAACUUACUGUACUCCUUUCAUCAGCUACUGGUGGGGACAAGCUACCCGUAAGCUAAAGGUAUCUUUUAUCAGGAUACCAAACCCGAGGUUAAUUGAGGUAACUAUGAAGUAAAGUAAGCAGAAGAAUGCUUCUGUCUAUCGGUAAAUCCUUUGUACAUGUAGUUUGACCAGGCAACAGUGCCCAAUUUCAUCGUUGUGCUUAAUGUGGAAUUUCGUGCUUACCGUCAAUUUUCUAUGCCAUCAGGUCUAGCAUUAAAUAUUGUGCUAACCAAGAAAGCACAGAAUCCCUCACGUAUGAGAUUUGCACAUGCGUGUUGCUCACAUUUGAAUGCUAACCAGUGACAUACGUGUAUGGUAAUUGUUACCGCAGUAAUUGUCACCAUAGAAUUUUCUGCUUUAGUUACAUGUACAUUUUCUUGCUUAGAGUAAGUAGAGCUGUUAACGUUGAGGUCUGAUUCUGCAGCCAAGUCCUUUGCUGAAGGCAGGCAUAGUUUCAAUCAAGCCAUGACACAGAUGGGCCAGUGUCGCUUUUAACGCUUUAUAGUAAUUGGGUCUUAGACCUUGGUAGCGUAUCUGAAUAUUUUGAAAAAGCAUGUUAAAAAUAUCUUACACUAAACGGAGCUGUGCUUCAAAACGUUUAUAUUCCGGAAAAGUAUUGAUGUGAUUUUUCACUCAACAAUGGGUACUUCAGCAUAAACCCUCAGCCUAGUCAUUUUGAGUAUUUUACAGAAGCACGGUAUUCAUUGUUAGGACUACAUGUACCUUUUAAGAAGUAUUGGACUUUGCAUUUGCAAGCACUGUGUGCGCGGUGUGUGGAAUGCCUCAAGGAAUGUUGACACGUGACUUGUUUAUAGAUUCAUGAAUUGCUCUUGACAUUACUCGGCUAUCUACUUACAUGUCGGUUUUUGGAACCUUUUAAACCCCAUUGGAAGAUUUGGAGGCAUAACUGGAGGUUUUUGUUUGUUUUCCUACUGGCAUUGUAAACCAUUUUAUCACAGAUCAGUCACAAGUAAUCUCAAAUCAUGCAGUCUCUAGUUGAGUCACAGCAGACAUUAAAGAUCAGCCACUAUUGGUUAUUCACAAUUUCUCGUUUUAUUAAAUUUAAGUUAUAUUUAAAACAAUUUAUCAUGUGAAAAAACUAAUUGAAAAUUGCUACUGACGUCAAACGCACGAGUUGAAGUUCUUCAUUUCAGGCAAAAUGAAAACAAAAGUCGUUGGGAGCAUCCAAUAGAAGCCCGUUUUGAUGAUGUUACAACGGUUCUGCUGUUAUACGACUGUUUCAUCAUUUUGGGGUGAACGUGCCCGCGUGCGUGAGCGCUGUGCUUGCCCGAAAAUAACUGAAUUAAACGAGUUAGGACAGUGAGAGAGUUGGAAUUGCUUUAACUUCAAAACAAUGUUGAUCGGGCAAGUUAAGGUGAUGUCUACGCUGGAUGAUACAGUUGAAUCGCCCCAAUUUGAACCGGAGUAAAGUCCCGAUGAAAUUUAGGCAGAUGGUUGCGGUAAUUUGCUGAGAAUGGCCGGCGAGGAAACAGACAGCCUACUACAUUGUAGGGCCACAAGGUCAAGAAACUAUGGAGGAACGAGAGCAGCAGUUUAUAUGACAUAAUCAAAUCGCUACAUUUGUUUGCCGCCCUCAUCGACGCUUUUUUAUUUUUCUCAAAGCAUUCUCGCGGUGGAACUGAACCCUCCAAAUGACGGUUUCUUUUAUAAAUGCAAAGAAAAGCUACCUCCUUAGUCAUUAUAUGGGUAAUAAUGACCAAUUCCCAGUUGAACCGUUUAAAAGCAGUAUGAGUGAUCUUUAAUAGUCAAGGAAAUGUGACAGUAGCAUUCUUGUCAAAGCGAAAAAAUCUCUACUUGUGAAAAAGCGUGUUGGCUGAUUAGACUAGUGAUUUGACUUGUGGCCGACUGGUACAUGUAUACGUAAUUGGCUGGCCGGGAAUGCAACUGUAUUUUUUUGUUUUGUCCGAUUGGUUGGCAGUUUGUUUACUGAAUCCGAGAGCAGUUUGAUCAGUGCUCCUGGGUUUGUACACAUCGAAAAGAAGGGCUUACCAUUUAGCUUCCUAACACGGCAAGUAUGUUAACUGUGAUAUCGGACAGAUCGGUCAUUUCACUAUUUUCGAAAAUGACAGUUCCUGCUGAAUCCGUUACACUAAUAUAAUGCAGAAUUUUGUGUCAUUUAUACCCUUGCUAAAGGACUUGGGCAAACGGAAACAGCCCCUUUAACAAUGAGUUGAAAACGUUGUGACAUUCAAAACGUGUUUCGAGGCUGGGUAUUUUGGCUGUUUUGCCCACAUUUUAUAGAAUGAAUCUUUCCAUUUUAUCGUCACCUAAUUUCACAUUUGAAGUUCUUUGCAUUUGUUGGACUCAGCUGAAACACUUUUAAGGAAGUGUCCUUAUUAGGUAAGGUUUUGAAAAUUGUUUUGAAUGUUUAUUAGUUAUUGGAUGCUAUUCACAGAACGCAUGCCAUUGUAUCAAAGAACAGAGCUUCUCACAUUGAGGUUUUUGUAUAGAAGUUUCAAUGAAAUAACCUUUACAAAAAUUAACUAAUAUAAAUAUUGACUAAUGAUGAAAUUGCCUUAACUUCUAGAGACAGUGACCCAAAGUUACUUGUAUUUGUUUCGAAUUAUAUGGAAAUUAUUUUUUUUACGCUGCAAUUUAAUUGCAAUAUUGAUUCUAAAGGUAAAGUUUUUGAGGUUUUGCCGCCUUUAAUUACAUUGUAUAUUCCUUUCUUCACCUGUUGGCUUUUAGUUUAUUCGUCUAGAUAUUCACUGUGUUAAUCCUCUUUAAAUUUGAUCCUUGAUGAGAUACAUGGUAUGCUAUUAUGUAAGAAUCUUACAGGCAUUAAUGUUUCUACAUAACCUCGUCGACAACUCUGACCAUGAACUAACGAUCACAAACGGAGGAGCACAAGGAGCAAUUUUUUUUCUACCUGUGUGCAACCGGUGUUUUGAUUUGUUUUAUUGUUUUGGUCUUGGCAUAAGUCAUGCUGACUACCUCAUGCUGAAUACUUUGCAGUCUGGAUGGUGUCAUUGAAAAACAUAUGACGUUCCUUUCAGAAUAUCACUUACUCCUAAAGGAGAGUUCACUUAGUGUCACCGGAAACGUUCGUCUCAUGUCUUUCCGUGUAAUUCACAUACAGCUUAGGGCCUACGGCUUUUGAAAAUGAUUAACUUCAUGGGAUCCGUUUCAGUGUCGCAAGAAAAUCUGCCCUGGUCUUUCUUCAUGUCACGAAAUUCCUUUAUUUAUUAUUGUUGUUUUUAUUAUUGGCAUUAUUUUGGCUCUAUUUUUUCUGCAGUUGAUUGUUAGCUCAAGACAACCACAUAAAACACAUGCAUUUGUGUACACAAAAGUAAUUUGCCUCUGUCACCUUAGAACCUAAUACGCUUAAUCUAAAUUGUUCCUGAUGGUGCACCUACCUUUGAGUUGUUGAAACUUACUCGUUUGAAGUAACGUUUCUUAAAUGAGAAGGGUAUUCGGUGUUUUUUAAAAUUCUAACCAGAUUGUUUGACUCUAGUGCUUGAGGAAUGCAUGCAAGAGAAUGUUACAUUGACCCCAAUGACCUCUCGCACAGACGGCUUCAGUUCACUCACUGAUCAAAACUUUCUCUGCCGGUUGGCGUUGCAGUGUCCGUGAAGGAUAUUAGGUCAACCCUUUUUCAUUUUCCCCCGACAGAACACUUGAUUUUAAACCCCUUUCUUCAUAUUGCUCACCCGUGUCACACCAACAGAUAAUCAAUCUUGAUCUCCAGUGGUUACUAGCACCACUUGUUUCAACCUAGUGCAGGGAAAUUAACCUUCAAUAAAGGAUAGAUCAUUCUAAAUAAGGAAUUAAUAUUCGCCGAUUGGUGCAAUAAUGUGUAAAUAUGGUAAUUUGUUUACAAUUGCAUUGUCUACCGCUGUAUAACUGCUGGACUAGUUAAUUACUGUCACAUGCAAAUACCAAUCAUAUAUUAUCAAAUCAGAUCAGUGUUCCGAUUUUUCUUGUGAAUACGGGCAUUCAACUUGUAUCAGGCUGUAGCCCGUUUUAGUAAAUUGCGCCUACGUGUACGUGUUUGUAUUGUUGAGCCAUUUAUGGAAAUUAACAAUAUCGUUUAAUUUACAGUUAUUCUUAUUUCAUCAACCACAUCUUGCAAAAAAUUAAAAUGUGUGCAGGCCUCCUCUUCAUAGACCUGCGUCCAUCGUAACCUUA